AUGGAUUUCCAUCGAUAUGACAAGUUCUCUGCUCAGAAUAUGAAACGUCAAAGCGAAGACUGUCUCUAUCUCAACGUAUUCAGUCCUUACGACCAUGAAGACGAGUCGAAAACUUUUCCGAUCAUCGUGUGGAUUCAUGGCGGCUCUUUCCUCGCUGGUUCGGCUGACACCGGGAUUGAUAUGGAGACUGUUGCUCGAAAUAUUAUUUUCAAAGGAAUCACAUUCGUUACCAUCAACUACCGACUUGGACCAUUAGGUUUCAUUGUUACACGAUCUGGUGACAAUCAAGUGGAGGCAAAUUUCGGUAUCUGGGACCAGGUAAUGGCCCUUCAAUGGAUUCAGGCAAAUAUAAAACAAUUUGGUGGUGAUCCUUCUCGAGUCACACUGAUGGGCGAGUCAGCUGGUGGUGCUGCAUGCAGUUUAUUAGCGCUCAGCCCUAGAACUGAAGGUUUGCAGCGUCGUCUCUGGUCAAUGAGUGCUUUUUGGUAUUUUUUUUGUCAACGCACUUUUCUAGGGCUAGCACAACAGGCGAUUAUUAUGAGUGGAUCAGUCACCGCCGGAUGGGCCAUUCAUCGACAUGGGACUCCUGGUUGGAGUUUGGAGAACCUCGUGAGCUAUUUGAGAUGCGAGAGAUUGAUCAGUGGCGCUGAAUAUGCUUCAGAAGUGGUGGGCGAUGAGUACAAAGCCGAGGACUUGGCACAGAAAAAGUGCAAUUAUCAGAACGAGCUCGUGCCUUGCCUGAUGUUAGGAGUUUCAAAAAUCGUGGUAGAUGGAGAUCUCGUCCCAACGUCAGGGAUAGACCUGGUAAAAAAUUAUGCUCGAAUACCAAUCAUGACUGGUGUGGCACGAAAGGAAUGGGCCCAUAAGAAACCUCAGUUCUACAACUUGCAUCGCAAAUCGUCGUUGACAGCCGAUGAGGCUGGAGAUAGCGUGUUUCGAAUCGUUGAAGGAUCUUUUCAUGACACCUCUCCGAUCAAGCUCAACAACGCAACAUUGCAUCUGGUCGCGAAUGCCUCCUUCGUUCGGUGA